UGCCCCUGUGGGACCAGUUCUAAAGUGGUUUGCUGUUGAAUCCACACAGAUACGGCUUGCAAGUCAUGGAGAAGGUUCUGAAGAUGGCUGAAGGCAUCGAUAUCGGGGAAAUGAGGACGUACGAGUUGGUCCCUAGCAGGAAGCUAAAAAGAUACCGCUCUCCAUCUGACAGUCCAGAGCUGGAAGAGAUUCCUGAGCCGCCCAAAAAGAUGGUCCCGAGGUUCCGGGUGCGACCGCGUUUUGAACCCAUACACUUUGUCACCAGUGCUGAGAAGGAUGACAAGAAGGAAGAUUCUUUGGAUAUCCAAACGCAGGAGGUGAACCAGGAGGCAAAUACAAACAGCAUAACGCAGCCAGCUGAAAACUGUACAAAUUCUUUUGCGAGUGCACAGGAGGUGGAUCCCCAGCUCUCCAACUCAGCUGGGUUUGGCUUUGCAGGCCAGGCAGCAGCCGCCAAGGCGGCUGUGAAUAGUAUGGACUCUACCACAAGCAGCGUGUUGCAGGUUUCUGUUUCUCCUUCAACUGUCCAGUCUGCAUCAGAGAUUUUCCCUCCGUCAGCUAUAAUGCUGAAGCAGAGUUUUAUCGAGAAACUGUCAGCAGCUAUCUGGAAAAAUCUUGCUAACCCAGAUGCAAACACUGGGACUGAUAAAAUAAACUAUACGUAUCUUUUGACACGUUCAAUUCAGGCAUGCAAGACAAAUCCUGAAUAUAUUUAUGUUCCUCUGAAAGAAAUCGCCCCUGCUGACCUCCCCAAGAGCAAGAAGCUCCUCACAGAUGGCUUUGCUUGUGAAGUGCGAUGUCAGAAUGUCUACCUGACCACCGGUUACGCUGGCAGCAAAAACGGAUCCAGGGAUCGAGCCGCGGAGCUGGCAGUCAAGCUGCUGAAGAAGUCUGUGGAAGUUAGGGUUGUUCAGCGGAAGUUCAAGCACACCUAUCACGAAGACUUGGUGGUGUGCGAGGCAGGCGUGAGUCGCCCAGAUUUCCCUCCUGCUCUCAAACCUCAUGAGGAGUUUGUAGUUGCCAACAGGGACUGUGUCCCGAUGCAGCCUGGUGCUGAAUCUGUGAAAGGUUCCGCUAGUACCAACAAACACUGGACUAGUUUUGUCCUCACAGAGAAUGCCAGCGACGCAAUAGGAAUACUUAACAAUUCUGCCUCGUAUAACAAAAUGUCUGUUGAAUAUAAAUAUGAAUUAAUGCCCAACCGCUCGUGGCGUUGUCAAGUGUAUCUACAAGAUCACUGCCUAGCUGAGGGAUUUGGCACUAAAAAGACCAGCAAGCACGCAGCAGCUGAGGAGGCACUGAAAAUUCUGCAGAAGAUACAGUCAAAUAUAGCAGCCAUCAAAGUGACCCAGGUUCAGAAAGUGGGCUGCUCGUCGCGGGGCUCCGGAAGGAAGAAGGACCUGAAGGACCUCGUGGUGUAUGAGAACUCCAGUAAUCCGGUGUGUACGCUGAACGACACCGCCCAGUUCAACAAGAUGACGGUGGAGUAUGUCUUUGAAAGGAUGACUGGCAUGCGAUGGAAAUGCAAGGUGCUGCUUGAAGACGAAUUCAUCGCGGAAGCAGUUGGAGUGAAGAAAUCUGUCAAGCACGAGGCAGCAGAGGAAGCCGUGAAAAUCCUCAAAAAGACUCAGCCAACUGUCGUUAAUAACCUGAAGAAGGGCACCGUCGAAGAUGUCAUCUCCAGAAAUGAGAUUCGGGGUCGAUCAGCAGAGGAGGCUUUCAAACAGAAGAUCAAAGAGGACAACAUUGGGAAUCAGAUUUUAAGAAAGAUGGGCUGGUCAGUGAAGGAGCAGUUUAAAAGGGAAGGACUCGGGCUCGAUGUGGAAAGGGUGAACAAAAUCGCUAAAAGAGAUAUUGAAGAGAUCAUUCGAAACUAUGCACGCUCAGAAAGUCACAUUGACUUGACUUUCUCUCGAGAACUGACCAUGGAUGAGCGGAAGCAGAUACAUCAGAUCGCCCAAAAAUACGGUCUUAAAAGUAAAUCUCACGGGCAGGGGCACAACAGGUACUUGGUGGUAAGCAGGAAGCGGCGCAAGGAAGAUCUCUUAGACCAGCUGAAGCAAGAAGGCCAGGUUGGGCAUUACGAACUGAUCAUGCCUCAAGCAAACUGAGGCUGGGUGUCCCGUUUUACCGGAGACCGAGCUUCCUAGGUAUUCGAUUAAAGAGAGAGAUGCUGCAUUUUUCUUGUUGUGGGUUAUAUUAACGUUAAGGUCUUCUACUUCGUUAAUAUAAUUUCUAAAACGUUGUUAGGCGUUUAGAACUGACCGAGUUCUGUUCCAAGUACAUUAGCACAACCCAAAAGCAGUAGUGCUGUUGCUGUAUGUGUCUUUGAUAUUACUUGUUCCUUCACAUUUUAAUAGUUUUGUAAUAGCAAAACCACACAUCCAACGAGAAGGAAUUUGACAUCAUUAAAAAUUAUAGUUCCCUUCUUCUUCUUGACCAA